ACAUACCGCCCUCUACGUUGGUUGGAAACGAGUAAUUGUUGUUGUGAUUACAGAAAUUGUUUUGUCUUGGCAACGGAAUAUAAAUCAAACCAUAAUUCCAUCUUAGAAGUGAUUAUAUCAAAGGGAAGCUAUCAUAAAACUGUGAAAUAUAUUGUUUUGAUUAGUUUAAGUCAUCUUCAGACAUGGAUACAGAAUACCUAAAGAAACAUCUCGGAGAUUGCCUUACAAGAGCGCUGGCAGAGGUAGCCGAGAAAAGACCGCUUGACCCUAUUGAAUACAUAGCACAAUGGCUCUAUAAAUACAAGGAGAAUGAAAUCUAUGCAAAUGAGCAAGCAGACUUAGCUGUAAGACUGGAAGAGGAAAGGAUAGAGGCAGAGAAAGAGAAGGAGAGACAAGAGAAGAUGAGAUUAGAAGCAGAAAGAUUAGCACAAGAAGAGAGAGAAGCCAAAGAGGCUGAAGAGAGGGCAAGAGAGGAGGCCGAGGCAGCCGAGAAGGCCGCCAUUCCCAAGGAUCGUUCCAAUCUCCCAGGGGCACCCAACCUCGAAACAGUGAUGGAGGGAGAGGAAGCGAUGGAUGAUGAAGCGAAGCAAGCACAUCAGGAAACACAAGAAACCCAAGAGGAGACCCCUGCAGCGGGAGAAGGCCAACAAGAAGGAGAAACUCCAAUGGAAGAAGGAGGAGGAGAACAGGCUGCUCCUGCUGAUGCUCCAGCCGCAGCUGAAGGAGAAGCACCAGAGGGCGGGGACGGGGGCGGCCAAGAGCAAACUGCAGAAUAGAUCUCGUAUCUUAUCUCACAAUCAUGAACAUUCUGAACAAUGACCAAUGAGGGUGUCCUUGAAAUGCGAUGUCAAAUCUUUCCAUUUUGGAAAACCUCCAGAUUAUCUCAUGGGGGUAGAGUUGGGUUGUUUUUUACGUGCGAAUCACGACCCUUUGAUGACGUCAACCAUUCAACGAGAAUUAGACCCCAUACAUCCGGGGGUUUUAAUUUCAAUGACUUUUAUUGAAUAAAGGAAGCCAGAUUCAUUUCACAGUCAGUUUUAAAGGGAAGUUCAUACUAAUGUUAAGUUUGAUUUAUUUAGAGCAGAAAACCCCAUAUUAAUGAAAAUUUACUGGAAUCCAACACUGUAUUAUAUAUUAUCAAUUUGAAUUUCAUCUUGUGUAUUACGUCAAAACUGUUUCAAACUUUCAUAAGUAACCAUAAUUCAACUUGUUUGACUGUCUGAAGUAGUUAAAUGUUUGUAGUGAUACUCAAAAACGUUUAUUGUAUCAUUUCUUAAAGAUCUCACAACUAAUACCCUGUUUAGAUCUGUCUUUCUCUGGUGUCACAUUAGACAAUCGUCUGGAGCGAACACGGCAUGAAAUAACUUAUCGAAACACGAGGAGCUGUUCAGAUCGUCUGCGGUAAUCGCGAGGUACAUCGUCUCCCCUUGGACUCGCAAAUUGUGUUGUCAUGGCAAAAUGUCAAUCCAGGGAGAAAGCGCACGCUGCACACAAUGGUUUACGCCGAGACCGUUAAGAUCUACAGGCUAACAGUGGAUCAUGCCGUGUAAUCUCGCGAUAGUGCUAGACUGUCUAGGGUGUAUUUUCCCUCGCGAUUCCCUCAGAUUCGUGCUUUGUGCCGAGACCGUUCAGAUCAAACGACCUGCGGUAACCUCCGGAGGCAUUCUAGAUUUUUGGCAGAUCUAAACGGGGUAUAAUAUUCCCAUCGUUCCUGCAUGAAAAAGUUGCCUCAUUGUUAUUCUUGUACCAAAUUAUUCUUUUUUUUUUCAAUAAGAAUUUGUAAUUUUUACAUGAUUUUUACUUUUUUCCAUUCGUACAGCAUAGUGGAUUGUCAAUAUUUAUUGUGAGUUUUAAAACAUUGGAAAUUCUGUAUGAAAAGGAAUUUGCCCCUUGAAAGGAAAUACACUCUUUUUGGAAAGAUUAUCAAUAAAAAUGCUUUAACAAAUUUUCCCCAAACUGGUUAAAAGAAGACCUACGUGCGAAGCAUGAAUUUCUAACCUACAGUAAUUCGUAUCUUAAACUUGUACAGAACUUUAUGUAUUCAAAUUUGUUAUUUAUGUAAAUGUAUUGUAUGUUGUAAAUAUAUGUCAAAAUUAUAAAAAAAUGUUUUCAUCUGUA